AUGGCGGUGGCCAUGGUCUUCCAGAACAUCCCCGCAACACCGCUGUUCACACUCAACUGGACGCCCCGAAGCAGCGGCGCCUACGCCGGAACCUGCAUCUUCCUCAUCGUCCUCGGAGCCAUCGCCAGAAUACUCGCCGCGGCCAAGUCGAUCAUGGACCGGCGCUUCCUCGCCGCCGCCAAAGCCCGCCGAUACGUCGUCGUGGCAGGGAAGACAUCAGACACAAAUAAAGGCUCAGAAUUGGAGUUACAACCGACCAGUGACGAUUCAAGCGAGCAGACGACGGGCAAGCUGAUAAGCGCCAAAGGAGUCGAGGAGAACGUCCGGGUGGUCAACGCUGCCGGAGGGCCGCCGGUGAUGCCGUGGAGGUUCAGCGUCGACUUGCCCAGGGCCGCCAUGUUGACGCUCAAUGCCGGCGUGGGCUACCUCCUGAUGCUGGCGGUGAUGACCAUGAAUGUCGGCUACUUUCUCUGUGUCCUCGUGGGCAUCUUCGUGGGCGACCUCGGCCCGGAACCGCGGGACAAAGAGCUGCUCACGAUACUCCCGCUGCUGCUCCCGCUCGCGUCUGCGCACUUCAACGUCGAGGCGCCUCCAACCCGCGGCGGCAACGAGGACACCCAGCCGUCGUUCCCCUGCGGCGGCCCAACCCAGCCAUCCAGCUCGCGGACGAAGAUAUCUCUCGAUGACCCCAAGGUCGCCAUCGCCAUGGAGAUGGGCCACGACCAGGCCGCCGUCCAGGUGCUGCUCGGCGUCGGAUCCAACCCGGGCUCCAACUUCAACAUCACCGUCCUGCCGACGUUCAGGCAGAUCGGACUGGGCGCCUUUUGUCUGCCAGAGGUGAAGCUGACCGAGGAGGUGCUCGGUUUCAAGCCAAAGGAGGGCAUGGACGCCACGCUCCAGGUGCUCAGCAACGGUGACCCGACCGGCGGACUCUACCACUGCGUCGACAUCACAUUCAGCAGCUCGGCAAAGUACUCCAAGCCAGACUCCUGCAAGAAUGGCACCGGUAUCGAGGCCUUCCCCUUCCAGGGCGACGCCGCUCGUCGAAACGCCAACGAGUCCACGCCCAACGGCCAGCAGCAGCCAGGACGCGGCGGCUCUGGGGCUGGUGGCUCGCCGACUCAGACUCCCACCCCGUCCGGCAACAUGGCGCCCAUCCAGACUGCGGCCUGGGGAGUCCUGGGUGCAGCCAUCGUCGGAGGUGUUGCGCUCUUGUAA